AUGAAGAAUGUUCGCCGCGAAGACAUUGAUGAUGCUGCUAACCGGAUUUGCGUGUUUGGGGGCAGCUUUGACCCUCCUCACUAUGCACAUCUCCAAGCAGCUGCUGCAGUCCUAAGCAGCAGAGCAGCAGCAAAAGUUUGGCUAGUCCCUUGUGGGGGCUCACCUGCGGAUAAUCAGCAGCAGCAGCAGCAGCAGCAGCAGCAACAGCAGCAGCAGGAAGGCCAAGAGAAGCGAGUCUUGCAGGAGCAGGAGCAGCACCCCAAGCCACAGCAGCAACAGCCGCAGCAGCAGCAGCAGCAGCAGCAGCAGCAGCAGCAGCAGCAGCAGUAUGAGCAUCAGCAGCAGCAGCAGCAAGGUUUUCGCGUUCGAGGGGACAAGCAGCUGCAAGCUGCAACCUCAGACCGUCUCCGCAUGACGCAGUUGGCUGUUGAAGCCUUCUUUGGGCCCUUAGCAGGCAAUGCUGUAGAGGUGCUUGACAUAGAGGCGCAGGCCGGCUGUUUUAUCCCCACCAUUAAACUCUUAGAUCUGCUGCAAAAGCGUCUAGUAGAGCAGCAGCAGCAGCAACAGCAGCAGCAGCAGCAACAGCUGCCGGAGCUUUGGCUUCUUAUUGGUGCCGACUGUAUACCCACGUUACAUAAGUGGUACGAAGGGGAGCGGCUGCUGCAGACAACGCGGUUUUUAAUUAUUGAUAGAGAAGAGGGGCCCCUACAGGGGCCCCCGGAUGCUGCUACCCAUGAGUCACCAACUGCAGCAGCAGCAGCAGCAGCAACAGCAGCAGCAGCAACAGCAGCAGCAACAGCAGCAGGGGCGGUGCUUCCUCGCAUCGGCACCAGCAGCAGCAGCAACAGCAGCACCAGCAACAGCACCAGCAGCAGCAGCAAUGAGAGGAGCCGCAGCAGCAGCUGUGAGGUGUACAGGCAGCUGCAGCGCAUGCACCGCUACGUAUAUAUAAACGAUUUGCUGCAAGGAGACUCUCGUGUCUCCUUGCUGCCGACUGUCUCUUCCUCGCUGUUGAGACAGAAACUCAAAAGGAGACACCAGGGAGACCAACAUCUCGCUGCUUGUCUGUCUCUGACGCCUGCUGCAGUUGUUGGUUAUAUACAGCAGCAGGGUCUCUACCUGUAG